AUGGAGCGGGCUGUGCUUUGCUGGGUAUUAAUACUUGUAACACUUGUCACAGGGUGUACAGCGACUGCAACGUCAUCACUCCCGACGACCCCCACAGCAUCACCACCUUCAGCGUCCCUCGCAGCCUUCCUCCCCGCCGCCGGCGGACGGCUGCCUGUCACUUCCUCCACUCACGCCACUCCGUUGGUGAAGGGAAAGGUCUUUCUGCGCUAUGUGGCCAGGCUCACUCCCCCUCGUAGCAACGGAAAAGUGGUUGGCGACCGAGGAGCAACUGGAAAAGUAAUCAUGAAGGGAAUCAAGGCCUCUGCAAGUGCCAACUACGUUGUGCUCAAAGUGCGAGUCAACAACGUCCGGUCUGGAGGGGCUGUGCCCUCCAUGGACACCGUUUUGAAUUGCCUUGCUGGCAAGUUUGAGGCAGGAUAUGAAGGAUUGGAGAUCACCUCCUUGUAA